AUAUUACACACUCCACAACCCCCACCCCAACGGAAGUCUCACCUCCCCCCUGUUGCACAGAGAGUGAAGCGACGAGAGAGAGGGCGAAAGAGCGAAUAGAAGAAGAAGAUAGCUGCACCAUGGGCAAUGUGAGCUGUCAGGAGAAGAAGAGAGGAGGAGAGAGGGAGAAGAAAGACGACCGCACGAUCAUCGUCGUCUUGAAGGUCCGCGUGUAUUGUGAGGGAUGCGCCGAUAAGGUGAAGAAAUCCGUCGUGGGAUUCGAAGGGGUGGAACGGGUGAAGGCUGACAUCGGUGCUGGGACGCUGAAGGUGGAUCCAUCGAGGCUCCGCGAUCGUGUGGCGAAGAAAACCCAUAGGAAGGUCGACCUCGUCUCCCCCACCAAUACCCCCAAAAAGGAUGCUAAAAAGAAGGACGACUCCAAAAAGCCCACCGCCGGAAAGGACUCCAACAAAUCCGACAAGAAAAAAUCCAAGGAGCCUGGGGUUUCGACGGUGGUGCUGAAGACUUGCCUUCACUGUGACUGCGAUGCCAAAUGGAUUAAAAAGAAGAUUCGCAAGCUUGAGGGGGUGCAGCAGGUAGUGGCAGACGUGCGGAAGGAUCUGAUAAUGGUGACGGGGACGAUGGACGCCAAGUGGCUGCCUAAGGUGCUAAAGCAAAAGCUGGACCAGGAGGUGGAGGUGAAGGCUGUUGGAAGCUGAGCUUGACUAUUCAAAUUCUGUUAUUGGGAUGAUUAUUUUCAAACUAAAUAUCUCAUUAAAGGCUUCAAUAGUUGCAGACAAAUAAUAUGUUGUUGGAAAGCUGUAUCUGUUUAGUUUCUAAUGUUUAAAAAAAGACAUCAAUUUGAAUUUUUAAUAAAAAGUUAUGCUCAUUUUGGUUAAAAA